GCGGGCUGUCCCGGCGGCGCGGCGGCGGCCGUAGGUCGGGCCCCGGCGGCCGCUCCCGAGCGCGGUGUCCGCGGGCAGCGCGGGCCGGACGCGCCACGCUCGGGCCCCGCCCAGGGCCCCGCGGAGCCGGCGCGGCGACGUGCAUGAGAGUGCCGCCGGCAGCGCGGAGCCGCCCGAGCCCCGCUGGGAGCCAUGGCCGCGGCGGUGGCCAAGCGCGACGGGCCGCAGUUCAUCAGCGAAGCGGCCGUGCGAGGCAACGCCGCCAUCCUGGACUAUUGCCGGACGUCCGUGUCGGCCCUCUCGGGAGCCACGGCGGGGAUCCUCGGCCUCACCGGCCUCCACGGCUUCAUCUUCUACUUCCUGGCGUCCGUCCUGCUCUCCGUGCUCUUGGUGUUGAAGGCCGGGCGGCGAUGGAACAAGUACUUUAAGUCGCGGCGGCCGCUGUUCACGGGCGGGCUGGUUGGCGGCCUCUUCACCUACGUCCUGUUCUGGACUUUCCUCUACGGGAUGGUUCACGUGUACUGAGCCUGGCGGGAGCCACCUUAGCUGCGGGGGGUGUAACGAAGCAGCGGGACUGUUGCCAAAAGUCACCUACACAACUAGGCCAGCUCACCCUUCAGACCCUUGUCCAUCACUUGUAUUGUUCAGAAAGCCCCUAAAUUAUAUCCAAGUACAAACGGAUCAGUAGCACUGUUCUAAUUAAACUCAAUGUGAAACGCUG